CAGACAGAAGCAUUUACGCCAUAACCACUUCCAUUUUACAUUUCAGAAAAAAAUCUAAACUCGCUUCUCAGUCUCACAAAGACACCGCGAGAAGACGAAGAUUAUGGCUUUCGGGCUUCUACAGAUGGUUUUAAUUCUAUUUCUAAUGUUUUCCUACACAUACGCAGUAGCAGAAGAGCAAAACCAGCAAUCAAAGCAGACUUACAUAAUUCGCAUGGACAAGACCAACAUGCCGUCAAGUUUCAAUGACCACUCUCAGUGGUAUGCCGCAUCUUUAGAGUCAGUAUCAGACUCAGCAGACAUGCUUUACACCUAUGACACCAUAAUCCACGGCUUCUCCACACAGCUAACAGCUGAAGAAGCUGAGUCACUUGAAAAGCAACCAGGAAUUCUGGCUGUCCUACCUGAAGAGAGAUACGAGCUUCAUACAACUCGGUCGCCAAAAUUUCUUGGAUUAGACAAAGCUGAUGAUACUCUCUUCCCCACAGUCGAGCAAGCGAGCGAGGUGAUUAUUGGAGUAUUAGACACAGGUGUAUGGCCCGAGUUAAAGAGCUUUGAUGACACGGGACUAGGUCCCGUACCAAGUGGCUGGAAAGGUGAAUGUGAGGUUGGCGAUAACUUCAAUUCAUCAAGCUGUAACCGCAAACUUAUUGGUGCAAGGUCUUUCUCAAAAGGGUAUGAAGCAAGAAACACAGAUAUUAAUACACAGAAGGAAUCGAAAUCACCUAGAGAUGAUGAUGGCCAUGGAACUCACACCUCAACCACAGCAGCUGGGUCAGCCGUAGAAGGAGCUAACCUCCUUAAUUAUGCUUUGGGGACAGCUCGUGGGAUGGCUCCACAUGCCCGAGUCGCCAUAUACAAGGUGUGCUGGCUUGGUGGAUGUUUCACUUCAGAUAUAGCAGCAGCGAUAGAGAAGGCUAUUGAGGAUGGAGUCCAUGUUAUAUCCAUGUCUAUUGGGGGAGGAAUAAACUCGUAUGACAAAGACAUCGUUGCCAUCGGAGCUUUCAAAGCAACAUCCCAUGGAAUCCUAGUAUCUUGCUCGGCAGGAAAUGGUGGACCAACUCCAGAAAGCCUAACCAACGUUGCGCCUUGGAUAACCACUGUUGGUGCCGGAACUCUGGACCGUGAUUUCCCCGUUGAAGUUAGCCUUGGAAAUGGGAAGAAUUACACUGGUGUAUCGCUCUAUAACGGGAAACAGUUAUCAGAUUCUCUAGUACCACUUGUUUAUGCUGGUAAUGUAAGCAACUCUUCAUAUGGUUCUCUGUGCUUGAAUGAGAGUCUAAAUUCAGGAAAAGUUGCUGGAAAAAUUGUAGUAUGUGAUCGAGGCUUAAAUUCUAGGACGCAAAAGGGUUUGGUAGUUAAAAAUGCUGGUGGUGUGGGGAUGAUAUUAGCUAACACAGAUUCUUAUGGUGAGGAGCUAGUUGCUGAUGCACAUCUGUUGCCAACAGCAGCUUUAGGACAAAACACCGCCGAUGCCAUUAAGGCCUAUAUCUCCUCGGAUAAUAAUCCCACAGCUACAAUUGGUCAUGCAGUCACAAAAUUAGGAGUUCAACCAUCACCAGUGGUUGCAGCAUUCAGUUCUAGAGGUCCAAAUCCGCUUACUCCAGGAAUACUCAAACCAGACCUUAUAGCACCAGGAGUCAAUAUCCUAGCUGGGUGGACAGGUGCAGUAGGACCAUCGGGGUUGGACGAUGACAAGAGGCAUGUGAGCUUCAAUAUCAUUUCCGGAACAUCCAUGUCGUGCCCUCAUAUUAGCGGGUUAGCAGCAUUCCUAAAGGCUGUUCACCAGGAUUGGAGCCCUGCAGCCAUUAGGUCUGCCCUCAUGACCACAGCUUAUACGGCAUACACAGAUGGGGAAACCAUAAAAGAUGUUGCUACUGGAAAAUCAUCAACACCGUUUGACUACGGUGCUGGACAUGUGAAUCCUUCGGCAGCUCUUGAUCCUGGUCUUGUAUAUGAUGUCACAGUUGAUGACUACCUAUACUUCCUAUGUGCCUUACACUACAGCCCAGCUGGUAUUAAGUCCAUCACAAACCUAAAUUUCACCUGUGAUUCAAGCAAAAAAUACAGCCUAGAAGAUUUUAAUUACCCAUCUUUUGCUGUUCCUCUAAACACAACUUCAGAUGAAAGGGGCGGCAACAGUGCACCUAGCAAAUCUGUUAAAUAUACUAGGACUCUGACUAACGUGGGCACUCCGGCAACAUAUAAGGUUUCUGUGUCAUCACAAGAUCCCUCAGUGAAGAUCUUGGUAGAGCCAGAAUCACUGACUUUUAGUGAACAGAAUGAGAAGAAGAGUUACACAGUUACUUUCAAUACCAUUUCUAUGCCAUCUGGUACAACCAGCUUUGCCCAUUUGAAAUGGUCGGAUGGGAAACACAUUGUUGGUAGCCCGAUUGCUUUCAGCUGGACAUAAUCACGAGCUCUGAAGUGGCAACAAAGUGUAGAUGGCAAGAUGCUCACCCUCCUUGUAUUAAGAUUUAGUUUGUCUUGUUGUUUUCCUUUUUCUUAUGUUCCACCCCCAGGCUUACUCCAGAUGCUGUUAAACCUAGGUAAGGAAAGAAUCUAGAGAAAAUAAUUGUACAGCAAACCUUGUAAGGGAUUGGGUUGUGAAUUUAAAAUUGAAUUACUAUGUUGUAACAUUUCUAGAA